CAGCUCUCAGCCCAGCGUUGACCACAUUUGCAAGCCCAGAGUGUGUGUACCUAGAUUUAGGUAAAUCCUUGCCGUUUCUUUCUCACAUGCGGCCCUAUUUCUGAGUCUAGUCAAUGUAUCAGGCCCAUUACACGACCCCGUGAACAUUCCGAGAUAAUUGUUUCCCAUCCUUUGCUCUAAAAAUCAAAUCUCACUCGGUUCCUUGUCAACGGGGCCCCUUUUCUUUUGGACGUUUGCUUUGUAACUCUAAGCGAUUUCAGCUCGGUUCCCCUCGCGAGCAUAGCACGGAUCAAAAGCCACUCCUUCCUUUCCACCAUUUUGCAACGGCCACUACCGAUGCACUAGGCGGAUGGAGUCCUCCGAUUCUGCCAUAUGAUCUGAACGACACAGGCGGUCAAGAGAAAGAAGAAUAGGUUCAAACACCCGCUCUGGCAUCGAAUUAGAGACAGUGACGGUGCUCGUAGCACAAGGCUUCGUAGCAAUAGGCCGUCGAAAGCCACGGAUCGACGAGCGUUGUGAUCGCAACUUUCCCCCCGAUUUCGUCGACGACCUCGCCCUUCGAGCCUGACACAUCUCAAGCCAAUAGUGCUUGCUGCCCGCAUUUUCGUCGCCGACCCACGAACGAGAAAAUAGCGACAACAUUGCCCAUUGUCAGUCAACUUCGCAUCAACCAGCGGCAGACCGUCGACUGCAGGAGCUACUGUAACCUGGUAGCCACCCCCAAAUUUGACAACACCGCGCUGUCAGCCCAACCUGGAUUCCUCGACACUUUCAGCAGGGUCUCCGGCCCAGUUUCACGACGCAGUAGACAGGAUGGAUACAGAACCCAUGCCUAUCGACGCCCACGAGGAUACUCUCGGCGGCAUUGAGGGUUCACCACACGUUGGCAGCAGUGCACAAAUACGCGGCAGCGACCGUCGCCACGGACAAUCACAAUCGCUGGAUCAGGGAUUUGGUAGUCAAGUGCACCAGUCUCCACAUACCGAUGACAUGGAAAGGUACAACACCCCACCGAUCCCGCCGCCAGGACCGUCACUAUCGAGACCAGCUUCAGGCCUCUCUGGAGGUUAUCACAACGGCAACAGUAACGCCAACAACAACUCGGCCGAUCACGUUUCUAGGGGGAGCGGCGCGCAUGUCGAGUCUGGUUCAAAUAGGGAUACGGGGCGGAACCAUGUGGUCAUCAAGGUCGGAAUGGUUGGCGAUGCACAGAUCGGCAAGACAAGUUUGAUGGUCAAAUACGUCGAGGGCAGCUGGGAUGAGGACUAUAUCCAGACUCUUGGUGUCAACUUUAUGGAGAAGACCAUCAGCAUCCGCAACACGGAAAUCACAUUCAGCAUUUGGGAUCUUGGCGGCCAGCGCGAGUUCGUCAACAUGCUUCCGCUGGUUUGCAACGAUGCUGUUGCUAUCCUCUUCAUGUUCGACCUUACGCGAAAGAGCACUCUCAACAGCAUCAAGGAGUGGUAUCGCCAGGGAAGGGGGUUUAACAAGACAGCCAUUCCGAUAUUGGUUGGUACCAAGUACGACCAUUUCGUAAACUUUCCCAGGGAAGACCAAGAGGAAAUUUCGAACCAAGCACGCCGGUUCGCAAAGGCCAUGCGAGCAUCGUUGAUCUUCAGCAGUACAAGCCACAGUAUCAAUGUGCAAAAGAUUUUCAAGAUUGUGCUCUCCAAGGCCUUUGAUCUCAAGUGCACCAUCCCAGAGAUUGAGAAUGUUGGAGAGCCCCUACUUCUUUACCAAUCUUGCUGAGGAUCAUACGCACCCUUACAAAGUGGGUUGCAUGCCUGGAGCCUCCUUCAAGAACCGCUGUCGGCAUUCUUAUGAAAACCGACUAAACCAAGGCAAUAUUAUCCAUGUUCAGGAACAUGAUCAUGAAAGUAACAAACAAAUGAUUCCGGCUACAUGGUACGCAUCAGCAAUAGUCUGCUGAUACUAUCUGCUCUGUAUUCGAUAUUUGGAGAACACGAUAAGGUUCUCCGCCCGAGUCUGCUUCACAUUGCGAGCUUACAGACUGCAGUCAUCAGCCUGCAGUUUGACAUUACAUACCACCACCAUUACAUCAAAAAACAAACAAGAACACCGCUCGCUCACAUUUUCCUUUGUUGAUCUCCAACAAAAUGCUAUACUCACCAGUCUGCACUCUACAACACAGUCUCCUUACUCGAUUCUUCGUAGUUAAGAUUUUUAUUAUAUUGACGGAAGAAAACAUCCGUACCGGACGAAUCCCGGAGACCAUUCACUCUUUCAGCCAACAAACUCUCCUAUCUUCUGUUUCAUUUAUGUUUUGGACGUUUUGGCGCGGAUAUCGAAUUUUCAAACCCCCCAAAUUGAGGGAAACGGAUGGGAAGGGGAAUUUCCGCUGGGUAUUACGUAUUCCUUUUUUGUUCUUGUUCUCCGUUUCUUUACUUCACUGUUUAUACAUGUAAUCAUCUAAACAUUUCAAUAAG